UUUCAGCCAUGGUUGCUGCUUCCGCUACCCGGAACAUGCUCCAAUCAUAUGGAAAACGUGGAAUUUACGUUUCACUUGCUGUCGCUGUCGUCUCGACUGCCGCAUUCAACGCAUUUUACGUUUGGCCACGUCACAACAAAUAUGAAGAGUUUUUCGCAAACUACGAUUCGUACACUCGAAUGAAAGAGAUUUGUUCUGCUAACAAGGGGUACAUGCAUACUUGUCCAAAGGAAUUGGCGAAAUUGUACGAAGAGAAAGGGAAAGUUGUUGCCGAGCACUAAAUGUUUGAUAAAUUAUUCAUAAUAAUACAAGUCAAUAAAGUCUAUCAUUUCUUU